CCAACUGUAAAAUGUACCCACAUUUGCAGCGGUGGUAAUUUCAUGUUUGUGUGCAGUAUGAAGAAAAUACUGAAACACUGCUGUGAAAUCAGGCGUUUUUGGUCACAACAAGCACAAAAAGCCUGCAAAGACCCAUAUACAGUAACUUCUAUCAUUUCCACAGAGCUCUUCAUCCUCUUCCUGCUGCUCCUCCUCCUCGGUGGCACUAAUCACCCCUCAUACCGCGCUGCUUUGUUGUGUGUGUGUGUGGCUGGUAGUACGGUAGCAGCGGCUGCUGUACGUACAAGCAGAAGGUUACAAGGAGGUUAUUUCGCCUGCAGGAUCCAUUCAUAGAUCUCUAUAAAUACCGUCCAGCUGCAACAGGAUCAUUUAAAAACCCCGAGACCUUCGUCAGAAGAGCAGCGUCAGUUUGCACGGCGCGCUGUGUUUUCCCCAUUUCUGCAGCAUCAAGGACAGAUCUCAGGGCGAAGCGAGGAUCCAUGAGAGACGCUUUGAUCAGGUCACUGUUUCUUCACUAUCACGUCAUGGACACUGACAGGCUGGAGCAGCAGGUGGCCACUGUGGAGCGAGGCAUUGCCUUCCUGAAGCAGGAGCACCUGGCCAUGCUGACGGGUCUGCAGCUGGAGAUCACACACCUGAAAAGGCGAUGUCACGAGCUGAGCUGUGAGCUGGACUCCAGGUUUCCUGACAGAAACACAGCAGAGGAGGAAGCAGAGCUGGCAGCACGCUGUGAGGCAGCAGAGCGCCUCCUGGAGGACCAGAAGUGCAUGAUGGUCGCUGUGCGUGGUGAGCUGCGGGCCGGCCGCGCACGAACAUCGGCGCUUGGCAGGAGCCUCAGGGAAGAAGAGCGGCGGUUCCUGGAGGAACUGAAACGUCGCAGCCACAAGAUCACGCUGCUGACCCGAGAGCUGCAGCGGCAGAACGACACCACCUCCAGCCUUUAUCACGAGCUCCACGCCGCACGCUUAAAACUCUUCAAUCAACACCAGAGCGGCGACUCUGCUGCAGCGAGAGAGGAGGAGGAAGCAAGAGGGAGAGAUGAGGAAGAGGAUGAUGAAGAGGAUGAGGAAGGGGAGAGCACAGACUGGCUUCUGUCUCCGCCUCCCCCUGCCUCUCCCUCCCAACCAGAGGAGAGACACAGGAGGCGUGUCGCCAUGAGGGAGGAGAGGGUCCGAGCUUGUGUCCCACAAGAGAGAGUGACAUCACCGCAGAGGCCACACCCCAUGCCCGACCCCGCCCUGUUCUUGAUGCCACUCAGAUACCGCCUCCUUCGCUUGAGUCAGCCACUCAGAAUGCAGGACGGAGAGGAGAUGGACGACGAGUGGGAGGACAUUGAGGACAUCAGGGCGCCCAGGAGGGUGGACAUGGGGGCAGGAGAGGGAGAAACUGCUCUGUGAUGAUUAUGGAUGGGUGAUGCUGUCUUGCAGUUUGUAACAUUUAGGAGGAUUUAUGAUCAAAAAUGACAUAUAUUGCCCAUAAGUAUGUUCAUAUAAGUGUGUAAGCGCUUUGCAAUAAAGAGCGUUUGGUUUUCGUAGCCUUAGAAUAAGAAUUUUAUAUGUACUUUAGUCAAGGGCCUUGCUUUAGGCUGCCAUCAUGUGCCGCCAUGUUUCUACAGAACCCCCGAGCGUACAUGCAUUUUGAAGUGGAAGCUUACUAUGCAAUCAAAGAAAAUAGGCUCCGCCCACAGGUAGAGCGAGAGGGCGAGUGUUUACAUCCUUUCUGGUAUGUGAAGGCCACCGUAGUUCCCCGGUCCACUUGGUAAAAGGGAGACGUGAGAGGAGGAGUCCUCCUCCUGUUGCACUCUGCAGUCUCGCCAUUAGAUGCCGCCAAUUCUCACACUGUGGACAUGUAAGAUGAUAGAGAUUUAACAUUUUGAUUCUCUGCAGAUUUAAGGGCAUAUGGUAUAGAUAUUGGAGUUGGGUGCACAAGAAUGUUUGAUUGACCUAUAUAUAGAUGCAUUUAAUGGAGAAAUAAAAGGGUUCCGGGUUUUUUGGGUGUGGCUGAAAUACAUGCAGCCCCCGCUGGCCCCCUGUAUGGAGAACCAGCAUAAGACAGGGCUGCAUGCCCUCACUGAAAAAUAAUGGAUUUUAUCCACUUGACAAAGGUUUCAUGUAGUAAAAUCUGCACCUGAGUUAGUCUAUGAUAUCUUCAGAAUAUCUUCACAGUUUUAUCUCGCCUUCAGACAGCACUUUGAAGUUUGUGUUGCACCACUAAAAAUCAACACUUUUACUUAACAGAGCACAGGAGUCAUUGACCCACUGCUGCAUUCACCAGUCAGUUCAAAUGUGAUUUUUGUUUGAAUUCCUUUUGUUUAGAUUUACUGAAGUGUCACAAACGUACCAUGGAGGCAGCAGUAGACCAGCAUCUCCAGAACUGAUAACACUGCUUUUUACUUUUUACUAUGAAAGUUGGUGUGAAAUGUCAACAGUGAGAUAAAGGGGUGAAUAUAUUUAUAAGGUAUCCCCAGCAGUGGGCGCACACAGCUCAGGCACACAUUUAAAAAAUAAUAAAAAUAAAUACAUGGGAAAUUGCAAGAAUUGAAGAAACGAGUGAGUCAUAGGAAUCUGAAUUGUAGUAGUGCUUUAUAUGGAUGCCUUUUGAUUUGAACACUGUUGAUCACAGCUUUUUGCCUGUCAUUUAUAGCCUUGUCUCUGUCUGUGAACAUGUUACACUGGUUAAUGUUCAACUGGCAACCUGCUCCUGCAGUUACACAGACUCACUGUAAGAAGGCAACGGGACAUUUUGUAUGAUUUGCACUUUAUUAAAUUAAUGCAAUGUGCCGAAUGACGGCAGAACAA